AUGCCUUCGGGCGACUAUUUCAGUUAUACUAAUCCUAAUCAACAAUACGCCCCAGAUUCACCAGAUACAUUCUACGCCCAUGUCAGCGUCCAACCGCCCACCUCCGACUCUGCCCAAACGCCGCCUUCACCUUCCCCCGUGAAGCCUCAAAAGUCUCGCCACCGCCAUCGUGACCACACUGAUCGCGAUCGCACCGCCGUCUCACGGACCAUCGCACCACCGCUUGCUCAAACCUCUUCUUCAAACAAUCACAACAGCACCCCAAACACCUCCUACUCCCGCUCUGCUGGAAAAUCACAGUCACGCACGGGCCCGUCCUCGGCCGUCCGCAAGGAGCGCGAACGAGCGCUUGCGAAUACAUCCCAUGACUCCCUCGUCCGCGCGCUUAUCUACAAAGAGCAUGAUUACAAAGAGGCAAAGCAUCUCCUUGCGGGAGCGAUACUCCAGGUCGAGGCGCUGCAGGAGCGACUGAGCCGUGAGGAGGAAGGGCGAAGGGCGCUGGAGGAGGAGGUGCGGGUAUCAGGGAGCAAGACGACGAAAGCUAUCUUGGAUACGCAAGGGGAGGCCAUGCGAGCGAAAGAGGACACGGCGAUAUGGAAACUCAAGGCGGAGAACUUGGAGAAGAAUCUCCGCCGUGCAAAUGAGCGCGUGCGUGCUGUUGAAGCGGAGCGGGACGAGCUAGACGGUGCUCUUGUUCGUGCACGGUCCACCGCCCGUCAGCUCAAGGAGAAAAACGUCGUCCUACAAGCGCGCGAGGAGGGUCGUCGUGAAGGGUUCGAAGAAGGUCUGCGCCAAGGCCGCAUCCAGCAAGAGGCAGCCCUCGCCGCCGCCGCUGCUGAAGAAGAAGCCGCCGCCGCCGCCGCGGAGCUCGAACGAAAAGAGAAAGCAAAGAAGGGAUCCGAUACCUCCCGUUCCCGCAAAUCUGCAGCUCCACCCCCUGUACCCAGCAUCCCACUCCUACAGCAUGAGUAUGAGCUCGAGCGGACCAAGAGCGAGCUUGCGCGUGGGUAUGAGGCUGAGGCGCUGCGCACCAAGAUGCAGCUCAACGAGUCCGAACGACAGCUCGAUAAAGAGCGCGAGAAGAACAAGCGGCUUGAGCGGGAACUGCGCGCCUUACGUGAAGACCUGUUGCGCGCUGAAAGGGAGAAGAAGGCGGCAGAGGAAGCGCGGAAGCGGGUGGAGGAAGAGAAACAGCGGGUACAGGAGGAGAAGAGGAGGAUUGAAGAUGAUAAGAGGAGAGUGGAAGCCGAGAUGGAAGGUGUACGCAACAAGGUGAAGGAGACCGAAAGAGAGAAGGAAGAGUUGAGGAGGAGGGAGGAAGAAACACUCCGUCGUGCUGCAUCUGAGAAACGUCGUCUCACAGAGGAAACCGAGCGCGAGAAGCUCGCAAUCCUUCAAGAAAAAGAGCGUGUAGAGCAGGAGAAGGCUGCUGCGGAAGCUCGUGCAAGAGAGGAGGUCGAGCGCGAGCGCGCGCGUGCACGACAUCUCGAGGAGGAAAUGACACAUGAGCACGAUGUACAGGCGCAGCGCGAGCGGGAACGGGCGGAGCGGGAACGGGAGAAGGAUGAGCGGGCGGAGAGGGAGCGCGAUGCGGCGGUCGAAGCUGCGCGCCUGGCUGGGUUCAGUGCCGCCGUGGGGGCGUCGUCGAUGUCGGGAAGCAAUCACAGCGCGAGCAUGUCGCCAGCCGUAGGGCUGAAGACACAGCACGACUACAAAUCGCAGCCGUACUUCCCUAUGCCACCACCACCGCAAGGUGGAGUGGGUAUGCCCGUACCAUCCGUGCCCUCGUUAUCACCCUUCCCAGGGAGCAACGCUGCGUUCGCAGGGACAGCAGGCAGUGCGUCUGGCUCUAUGCCUCAACCCAUUGUCAUGCCCUCCGUACCACGCACCGGCUCCUCGCGCCACGGACAUGGACGGCGCGACUCCCUAUCGAGCUCUGCGUCCACGAUGCAGUUCGACAUCCUCCAGUUCCCAGGCGAGGGUAGGAGCGACAGGGGUGAAUUGGGGGUUAUACCGGAGGAUGCGAGCAUUCGCAGCGGGUGGGGUGCGCCUCCGGGUACGUCCUUCCCUGAACCAAGCAUACCGAACAUUGUACCUCAAGGUAUGGGUGGUGGAGGAGGGAUUGCAUUCCCUAGUGCAGAGGUGCCGAAUAUUGUUGAUCCUGGGCGGCAAGCAGCAGGAGCAGGAGGGAUCGCGUUUCCGAAUCCUGAUAUCCCGCAAAUCAUUCCUCGAGGGCAUGGAGGUGCACCCACACCAGGCGCAUCGUUCCCACAACCCGAAGUGCCAGAGAUCAUUCCGCGAGGAGGCGCGCCGACUCCAGGGGGUGGUGCAGCGUUUCCGCAACCCGAGAUUCCAAAUAUUGUUCCUCGAGGAAUGUCAGGGUCCGUUGGCUCGUCGGCAGGGGCAGGAGGAGGGGGAGGAUUCCCGCAGCCUGAGGUACCGGAGAUCAUACCACGAGGAAUGGGUACACAUACGCCCGGAGGAGGAGGUGGUGGUGCAGUGUUCCCACAACCUGAGAUACCAAAUAUUAUUCCGAGAGGAAUGGGAGGGUCCAUGUCGGGGAGCGUUGGUUCUGCAGCAGGAGGGCCGGAGUAUCCGACGCCUAGUAUCCCGAAUAUUGUACCUCGAGGUGGUGGAGGUGCGCCGACCCCUGGAGGAGGUGCAGCAUUCCCUCAGCCUGAGAUUCCAAACAUCGUUCCUCGAGGAGGUCCCAGUCCAGGUGGUGCAGCCGCGUUCAGCAUGCCUGAAGUCAACAUACCCAACAUCGUACCCAAAGGCGUUGCGGGUAUGGAUACGCCUGGUCCUGGUCCUGUUUACCCUAGUACAGGCACGCCUGGUCCUGGCCCUGCGUACCCCACUGCUGAAGUACCGAUGAUCAUCCCACCUCCACGCGGGGCUGGUACUAGCAGCGUUGGCGAAACUUUCAAUAUGCCUGAGCCCGAGAUCCCAAAUAUUAUACCGAAGGGCGUUACUUCUGGAGGUCACGCGAUGCCUGCACCCGAGAUACCAGAUAUUAUACCCAAGGGCGGGCCAAGUCCAAGCGGCGGCUCAGUUGGUGCUGGAGGUGGUAUGUUCCCGCAACCUGAUAUCCCGAACUAUAUGGGCGGGGGCAAAAACGGCCGACCUGGAUCUCGCGCUGCCAGCACGACUUCGACUUCUAUGAUGCCGACGCCCGCAAUACCGAACAUCGUACCUAAAGGCGGACGCGCGACGAGCAGCGCUAGUGGUGGAGGGAUGCCGACGCCAGUGAUCCCUGACAUCGUACCGAAGGGAGGCAGAGCGGGCAGCGCAGCUGGAAGUGUUGGGUUCCCGACGGCGGAAGUGCCGACGUUUGGCGGUGAGACGCCCAGAGGGAUGGGGAAGGGUGGAAGGUCAAAGUCUCGGUCUGGCUCGGCGGUUGGGAUUCCGACACCUGAGAUACCGAAUAUUGUACCCAAGGGAGGCGCGUCGAUGUCUGGGGGCAGCAAUAGCGGUGGUGGAUUUGGAUUCCCUACUGCUGAGGUGCCUACCUUUGGCCCUGGAGGAAAUGCUGCUACUCCUUCAUGGCCUGCAGCCGAAGUACCUAAUUUCGCGACUCCUAGAGGUGGUAAUGCCAAUCUCGGUGGUGCAUCCCCUCGCUGGCCUUCUGCAGAGGUUCCGAAUAUAACGUCCGACGCUGGAGGCAUCCCUGGUUGGCCUACAGUCAACACGCCGAAUAGCAUGCUGGACCCGCCAGAUGGGAACAAUUUUGGCUCUUGGACAGAUCCGAAUAUGCUCAGUGCAAAUAAGCCACGACCGCUAGAUCGUAUGGGAAGUAAUGGGUCGUGGACUGCUCACAUUCACCCUCCUUCACGAUCGCCCUCGCUGUUAAGUGCGACUGUGCAAGAACAGGAUGGAGGCUUCUACCUCAGUCCGAACCACCGAACAUCGGCGCUGCCGCCGCAGACGCAGCCGAAGAGUCAACCUAGGAGGAGGAACGGGGGCAAUGGCGAUGUACCUACGCAGCCCAACACGCCCGUUGUGUUGAACGGACCACUCCCGCCUGGAUUCGUGCCGCAGACAUUGACUGACAGGAAUGGCAUAUCGACGCCGGUGUGGCCGGGUACAACUGACUUGCCGUCGAUGGGCCAGCCAGCGCCUGUGAUCCCGCCGAUGUCGAAUUCAGGCAAGUAUGGUAAUCCUCUGAGGGAUGGUGAGGGAGGAGGAGGAGGUCCGCCGCCGAUGUUCCCGCGCUCGCCGGCGGGGUCGGUUAGACCGCUGGGCACGCCUGGGCCUGGGUGGGCGAGUUUGGGAGGAGCAACGCCUGCGAUGUCUGCGAGGGAUCUUCCUGGUGUUGCGGGUAGUGGUGGGGGUGGGGUGAGGCCGGGGUCGAUAUAUGGCGCGCCGCCUAUGGGCACGCCUAUUCAGAUGCCUGCGCCGCCGGUGACGAUGCCUGUGCCUACUGUACCUGACCUGGAGGAUGAGAACGACGAUGGGUUUGAUAUGAACACGACGCUGAAUACGCAGAUGAAUGCGAAGAUUGGGUCGACGACGACGACGCUUGUCACGGAAAAGGCGAAGAAGAAGAAAAAGAAGAGGUAA